AUUAUCGGAUAUACCAAUGCGACCUGCUAUAGAAAAGCUGAUGUCGACAUGCGCAUUGAAGCCAUCAACGCGAUUUGUUUUAUAAUGGCUGAAAUGAGCCCUGGAAUAAGAAAAUAAUACAGGAGUUUUAGAUAAAACUGUGAACAUAAUGGCACAUCAGCGUCAUUUAGAGAAGACAAAAUACAGACAAUGGGUGAAGGCUGGGCUUGGAUUGACAUAUCUUAGAGAAGGAAUAGCACCUUUUUGUGAUGACAUUGCAAAACUCCAACAUAAAGACAUCUUAGACAACAUUAAACAAACAAAGAGUCUAUCAGCAGUAACAUGUGGUCAAUGCUGCUGGAUGACACUUAGACCAGACCAUGCAAAAGGAGGUAACAGAGCAUGUAUAUUAGGUCAAAGAAAUUGCAACUGCUGCAAUCCUGCUGGUAAAAUUACUUGCCCAAACAAAGUAUGUGGCGCCAUCUAUGAUGCGAUUGUAACAAGCCAUGGAUUUACACCGCCAGCGCCUUAUUGGAAAAACACUGAGACACACCAUUGGUGCACAGAUCCAUGGUUUAUCGCAAAGUGUUUCAUCAACGCCCCCGGAUACGACAAGAAAGCAUCAGCAGCCGAUAUCGACUGCAUUGGGUUACUGCACUUGAUUCGAAACAACCAGUAUUUUCACAAUCAUAUCCAAUGCAAAAUUACUCAGACCGACGUCUUCUCAAAGGUAAUAGCGGACAGGAACGAGAUAUUUCACUCAAGUACAAUGGAACUAGAAGAAACAGAAGCAAAUAGUUAUAUAGAUGAUAUGAUAGCUGUUCUUCAAAGUGGUAAGGAGUUGAACAAUCGACAGGACGCUAAAGUAGCUGUGAAGAAACUUGAAGAACUCAAGAACAAAGACUUUGUCAUUUCUACUGAAAAUGAAGCAAGCCUUCUCAGACUUGUCGCUGAAGAAAUUAGAGAUAUGUUAGAGAGAUUUGAAAAUAAAACAGAAGACCUAGCAACAAAGGAAGAGUGUGAUAGACUUAGAAAACAACUCUCAGAACUAGAAUCGGUCAUAUCGGAACUAAAAAGGGAGAUAAACAGACUCAAGGCAGAUGUUUCGUUUCAACAAGAACCUCUUGAUUAUGAGCAAUCCAAACUAGGUAAGAGUUAAAUAGUACAUCAAAUUAGGUAAUAGUACAUCUAAAUUUGG